CUUCGCUAAGCCCAUGUCUACAAUUCUUGUAGUGAUGUUAUAAUCUUAUACUAUAAAACUCAAGAGAUUGCUAAAAGCAAGUUUGUACCAAAAUAUGGGAUCCAUUUGCAUAUGGUUCCUAGAUUUGAAUAUCAACAAUCGUAAUUAUUAACUGUGGUAUAAAUACGUUUCUCAUAUGGAGGCGGCAGAGAAAGAGCUAUAACUAUAAAUUAACCCAAAGGAGACUAGAGCUAGUUAGGUGCAAAACCAAAAAAAUGGAUUCUCAAGCCGAACCCAAGCUUGAAAUUUUCUUUUUUCCUUACAUACUUGGUGGUCACUUGAUCCCCAUGAUAGACCUAGCCAGACUCUUCGCUUCUCAUGGCGUGAAGGCCACCAUUGUCACAACCCCUCACAAUGUCAUCCUCUUCCAAAACCCCAUCCUCAGAGACCAACAACUAGGCUAUGAUAUCGGCUUCCUCACCUUAAAUUUCCCGGCUGAAGAGUUUGGUCUCCCGAACGGUUGCGAAAACGAACUCACAACCACUAAUGGAGACAUGUUCACCAAACUCUUCAUGGCUGCCAUGAAGCUCCAAGACCCUCUUGGGAGGCUCCUUAGCCAGACCCGACCGGACUGUCUUAUCUCGGACAGACUUUAUCCUUGGACUGCAGAUGUCACUGACGGGCUUGGAAUCCCUAGGGUUGUGUUUGAUGGGAGUGGCAGCUUCUCUCACUGUGUGGAGGAAAGUCUCAGACGGUAUGCUCCACAUGAGAAAGUUGUGUCUGAAACUGAGGCUUUUCUCGUGCCCGGCCUACCCAACCAAAUCGAGCUCAAAAGGUCAAUGCUGCCGGAUUAUGUCAAAGCCGAAAAUGUGUUCACUCAUUUUCUCAAUGAGGCUCUAGAGUGUGAGAUUAAAAGCUAUGGGAUUGUGGUGAACAGCUUCUACGAGCUAGAACAAGCUUAUGCUGAUUACUUUCAGAAGGAUAUGAAGAGGAAAAUAUGGCACAUAGGGCCGGUCUCAAUGUACAACCGGACCAACAUCGACAAGGUCGAAAGAGGCAUCAAAACCUCCAUUGAUGAGCAUAGUUGUUUGAGUUGGCUUGAUUCAAGAGAACCCAACUCAGUUCUUUACAUAAGCUUUGGAAGCAUGCCAAGAAUCACUUCAGCUCAGCUUUUGGAAAUUGCUCAUGGGCUUGAAGCUUCCAACCACCCUUUCAUUUGGGUGAUUGGGAGGAUUUUAGACUACUCAUCAAAAGAGAAGCAACAAGUGGAAAGUGUUGUGCUUCCUGUGGGAUUCGAAGAAAGGAUUACGAAAUCGAAAAGAGGGCUUAUGAUAAGAGGCUGGGCUCCUCAGCUUUUGAUUUUAGAACACCCAGCUGUUGGUGCUUAUAUGAACCAUUGUGGGUGGAACUCCAUCAUUGAAGGUGUAACAGCUGGUGUGCCAAUGAUCACAUGGCCUUUCUCCUCGGAGCAGUUCUACAAUGAGAGGUUCAUUCUCAAUGUCAUAAGGGUUGGGAUUUCAAUGGGGAAUGAGGACUGGGUUCCACUGAACGAGCUGCCUAGGGUGAACAUAAAGAGGGACAAGGUUGCCCAUGUUGUGAACAGACUAAUGGGAUGUGGAGAAGAUGAAGUGGUUGACAUGAGAAAGAGAGCAGAAGAGUUCAGAGACAAAGCCAUGAAAGCUUUUGAAAAAGGUGGCUCUUCUCAUUCCAAUGUUCAUGCCUUCAUUGCCGAGCUCAAGUCUUGCCGGAAAAUUAGUCAAAAUGGUCAUUAGUUUGUAAAGAAGGUCGAGAUUUCAUUCUAAAUUCAGGAAAGUAGCUAUUGGAGUUCGGGUCAAGGUUCAAAACUAGGGCUUGUCGUAUUGCAACUCCACAUUUUCUAUUUUAUGUUUUUUUUUUUGUUACUUUCCCUUGUAUUCUAUGUGAAUUGUAAGAGCAGGGCUUUUAACUUUUUUUAUUUCGGCAGCAUUGAUCAAUACAUGUCUAAGUGUAAUCAGCAAUUUGGGUCUUUAAAUUAUCUUGUUUUCAGAAGAGUCGGGCCAUUUUAUCCUUUUGAAAGGAGGUGGCCACUUUGGUACCGUUUGGCAGGCAAAUAAUUGGCGAAUGGGAUGGUACGAAGUUGUUUCGUUGUCAUCAUUCAAUCAUUAAUUUGACUGGAGGAGUAAGUUAUGGGA